CAUCAAAGGAUAAAAUAUCAUAUGAUUUCGUGUUCGCGUUGUUAUUUUCAAAAAUGUUUCGUUAUCUAAAUUUUACAACAACACCUAAGACUAUAGUGAUAGUUUUAGUGUUGUUCAGCAUUUCAACAACUCGUGCGAUAGAUCGCGCUUCGACAUCAGCUGCCGUUACAUCUAAACCAGAUCAAUCAACGUCCCUUGGUUCGGGUUCUUCGAGGCAAACAGAUGGUUAUAUUAAAAGGAAUAUAAAAGUGAAUGAUUUGUCAACUUCAAGCUCGGCGGCAGCCAAAAGUUAUGAUACACCACCAGAAUUUUAUAGAGGCCCGGGUUCAACCAGCAAGACAUCAUCGUCGGCAUCUAGCUCGACUUCAGCCUCAAUAGAUACACCUUACCAUAAUCGCGACAGUGUUACAGCAAGCUUUAUUUCUAAGCCCGUCACAUUUCCAGACCUCACCGGACACAAAAAAUACCAUAACAAUGAUCCAAGCCAACAGCUCGCGAAUUCAUUCAACAGUUGGCAGCAGUUGCGCGGACAAAGCGCACAGGACAGGAUCAGUGUGAAACCUUACGGCAGCAACGAGGUGCAUGGUCUAACUUCGGGUUACGCACCUGGCGGCGGUGGUGGCCACUACAGUCAUCACGACAUACGACCCUACACAACUGGCGGACACUACAUCGACUACGGCCCAACACACACCGGCGGACACUAUGGCACCAGCGGUCACAGUGGCUACUAUGGCGGAGCCAACAGCGCCGAGGCCGGCGCUAUACCAUUCGAUGUGUACGGCGGUAAGGGCAGCGGACACUAUGCGGGUCACGGUGGAGAGUACUCAUACACCUAUCCAGAAGUGCCACACGAAACCGCAGCACACAAGGGCCACCACGAUCUGUCGCAGAAGGCAUUGUUGGCUAAAAGCUUUCUCAUACCGCUCGCAAGCGCUGCAGUGCUGGGCAUCGCCGCAGCGCUGGUCAGCAAUCCACUGCUACUGCAAUUGGGCACAGUGUCUGCUUUGCCUGUGGGCGCUACGGUGGUGGGCAAAAGACGACGUCGAGAUUUGCGAACUUUGCAAGCAGUGAAAGCAGGAUUAGCACCGAGUAGUGAACUGCCGAAGUCGGCAAAGAAAGCUGCCGGCGGCGCAGACAUGGCUUAUCGCGCACAACAUCUGCGGACCAAGGCACGUGUGUAGGAGUAACCAGUCGAAAGGAAGUUGGAAGAGACCGUAAUUUAAUUUU